UUUUCUAAUGUUAAAACCCGAACCAAUACCCGAUUUGACAGAUUAAAAAACUUAUUUGUUUACUAAACAAAUAUAAUAAAAUCAAUUUUAUUUUUUAUCAUCAAUCGAUAGGAAUCAUUGAAAAUUCCGCAAUUCAGUCACUGCGUCAAAUAUGACGACCUAUUGUCGGCUGUGUGCUGAAUUUAAAACUGAAGAUGAACUAAAUACUAUUACUAUCAAUGAUCCCAAGUCGAAUGUAAAAGAAAAACUAGUCAUUUGUUGCCAAUGGAAUAACUACAUAAAUUAUGUACACCUGCCGGAGACAAUCUGUUAUUCGUGUACCGAAAAGUUAGAGAAAUCUUGGCUAUUCAAUGAAAGUAUAGCUUUUGCCCAAAUAAAACUGCAAGAGAUCUUCUGUGAAACGGAACUGAUAGCGGUGAAAAGUGAAUUCGGUGAUGAUAUCGAUGAAUUUCCGUUAUGUGAUACCCAAGAGGAUAUUUUUGUGGAACCUAUUCAACCGAUUGGCGUGGCAGAACUGGCUACAACCGAUGAUGAGAAGCAUUUAAUUGGUUCUACGAUUGAAUCUUCGGAUGAGGCCAAAACUCGUCACAGCCAUGAAUGCGAUGUAUGCCAAAAGUGCUUCACAACUGCUUACAACUUGACGGUCCACAAAAGAAUCCAUACGAAUGAGCGUCCUUACUGCUGUUUAAAAUGCGGAAAAUAUUUUAAGAGUUCAUCGAAUUUAAACCAACAUCUACGACAGGUCCACAGCAAAGAUAAAUCAAGUGAUUGUGAAGAUAUGAAGGUAGAGAACUCAGCUGAAUCGAACGCCGACCUAAAACCAGAGGAAGAACCAGCAGGAUCACUGAAUUUACCAGAGUUUCAAUAUGCAUGUAAUGCAUGCGGUCGACGUUUUCGCUUAAAAUGCACUCUCACGGCACAUCAGACCAUUCAUUCUUCGGAUCGACCGUUUGAAUGCUGGAUGUGCCAUAGAUGUUUUAAACGAAGGAAAUUGCUUCGAGCUCAUAUGCGAAUACAUACACAGUAUCCCACAAUCGAAUGCCAUAUUUGUCAUAAACGCUUUAGGCGCAAUAUUCAACGUGAUAAUCAUAUAAAAGAGAGACAUGGUGCACCAUUACCAAAGAGAGAGAAAAAACCACCACUUCCACCAAAAAUACCGGAUAGGAAAUUCACUUGUGAACUUUGUGGCAUGAGUUUUACACAGCGAGGAGGGCUUUACACGCACAUGACUGUUCAUUCUGACUACAGGCCGCAUAAAUGUGAAGUCUGCGGGCUGGGUUUCAAACGCAAACGUACUAUGCAAGACCACCGUAAAACACACACCGAUUCACUCGAUUGGAAGUGUACGCAAUGCGACAAGGCUUUUAGGAAGAAAAUUAGCUUACGCAGACAUUUGGAGUAUCAUACUGGCUCAAUUCUGAAACCAUUCACUUGCGAUUUUUGCGGAAAGGGAUUUCGACUUAAUGCCAAUCUCAUUGAACACCGUCGCAUCCAUACCGGCGAAAAACCGUAUUUCUGUGAGCAUUGUGCUUCCAAUUUUCGGACAAUGUCAAGUUUUUAUAGUCAUCUUAAGAAAGAGCAUGGUAUUUCUGUCCUAGCAAGAAAGAUACAAGAACAAGCCCGGGCCACAGCUAUGUCAUAAAAUGACAAAGAUUAUGAAUCGAUUCUAUAAUAAGAUAUACUUAUACUGGUUUAUAUCAAAAAAUUUAGUAACAGAAAAUAACACAAUGAAUAUUAAUAAUCGAUAUUUACAUUUAAUAUUUCAAAAUAAUUGUAUGUCCAGAAACUUACAAAGAAAAAAAGUUACACACAUAAUAUAAGCCAUCUUAAUAAAUUGUG